CGCGUCUACAUUUCGCCCCAGUGAAUGCCUAUUCGCUCCCGCCAUUGCUCUAUUACGCGUUGCACUGUUCUGAACUUUCGAAGAGUCCACGGAAUGGCUCCGUAUCGCGUAGAAGACUGUGAUGAACUUGUAGAGGACUCAGAGCCAGAGAGAGAGGUCAUCAGACGGGCUUUCAGGUCAAAAUUCUCUUGCCACUCGACGUCUACAGUUAAUCAUGCCUGUCUUAGCCAUACACGAGAUGUAGCUCGACUGGCAUCGCCUGUAAGCAUUAUUGAUAUUUCAGACGAUAGUUUUACACCACCACGGUCGGGAGAGCACGAGUUGAUAAGCAUAAUCGAAUUCACUUCAAGCUCUAUAUCGUCACCUUUGUCCAUCUCCAUUCCAGUUACAGGCGCGAACAAACCCUCCGAUUCUGAUCCACCCUCAGUCGUACGAAAUGAUGUUACCGAAGGUGAUUUACCAUCAGACGAUGAAAUCCCCCCCCUCGGUCUGGCCAAGUUCUCUUUCAACUCUCACUCAAGAGGCAAGGCGACCAUCUCGCGCCCAUCUUUGGCCUCUACUCCUCCAUUGCCAGAGCAUAUAUCCAAUUCCGCAAACGACCCGAAAUCAACUACCAGGAAAAAGGCGUCAGGAAGCAGUCACCGAUUCUCUGUCGAAUUCCCAUACCAGGACAUGGCUAGACUACUCAGAUGUGUAGCGUGCAACAUUCAUUGGACUGUUAGGAAAACCGCUUCACAAAAGACUGCACAUAUUCAGUCCUGUUCCAAGAAGAAAGGCCUCACAGAAGAUACUGUUCGGCAACUCAUUAGCAAAGAGCUCAACGCGGCACCUCUCGCUCUAUGUCAGAAGGAGAAGGAGAAGGCGUCCUCCCCUGAAGCACCGCCUACAACGAUCCUUUCUGAGAUUGUGCAAGAAGCAGCCCCGAAAAAGCGAACCAAACGCCAGGAUGUAGUCAUGACAGUGAAGUGCCUUGGUGAAACUCGAGGUGCUAUCUUGGAUCGGGCGCAGAGGGUUUUUGCACAAAGCAGUUCCACUUUUGGGGCGCUCCAUAGUUCAGAUCACCCCUCCCAUGAAGAAGGAAGAAUGAAAACUAUUUUCCCGUCCACACCCGAAUUUGGGUCGAGCCGUCUUGCUCGAACAGCGGGCGCGAAAAAAUCCAUGUUUAACUCUCCUACAUCCCCUGAGAACCAACGAGUUUCGAGUCUUCCUACCCUUGGGUCUACUCUCGAACCCGGUUCAACAUUAUCCCCGCACGUUUUGGCCAAAUCCGAUGCAUCUAACAAGGCCAUGAUAACGGCUACGCUCAACAAGAACACGUCGACCGUUACUCCCCUCGUCUAUCUAUCAUCAAGCUCAAGCGAUACUUCCGCGGAUUCCCCUGACCCGACGAGGGACCACCGCAGCUUAAGGCUCUGUGGCCCAGUCGACGUUGCAGAUCCCAGUGCGGAUUAUGCUGAAGAACAAGAUGACGUAUAUCUACAUUACUCCCCGCCAAAUGCUACCUCAAUAUGGGACAGUCAUCCUAUUCCUGAUACAACUGCUACUGUUGCAUCCAGUGUAAAUGUUUCAGGGACAAAACCGAAACUUACCCCCUCUAAGCGAAGGCGGAAACAAGCCGGAAAGGGAGCUGCCCCGGAACCCCUGUUCGAUGACGCCUGGGAAGAGCAAAUUAGGGACAAUAUACGAGCCGACAAAGAACUACACAUGCGUAUUUUGCGUUAUGAGCCCAUCUCCUUCAAAACUUUUCUUGAAUACACCCCCACUAACGACGUCGAAUCUAAUGGCAAAAUUAAGGUUGCCUUAAAGCACUUUCUCGAUAAGCAGGCGAUUCAUUUCUAUGACGAGGAAACUAUGGGUAGAAGGCGAUAAUUUACUGGAUAUAUAUACAUUAUACGAGCAACAAGCUCAACCUCA